AUGUGUGGAAUAUGGGCGAUAAUCGGAGAACAACCAACCGCCCAACAACAAGAUGCUUUUAUGAAAAUCGUUGGCCGCGGGCCUGAUUUGACGGUUUUAGAAGAAGUUCAACCAAAUGUCAAUUUAGGAUUUCAUAGACUCGCAAUUGUUAUGGUGAGUAAUUGAGCGUCCAAAGAUAAGAUCAUAAGAUGAUAUAAGUUUCAAACUUUGUAAACUAAAACCUUUGAUCUGACAGCUAUCACUUCAGCAAAAGAACAUUAUGUGACACGAUUAAUAGCCAGUCGUAAUUGGUUUUUUUUCAAAUCUUUCUUACAACACCGUUUGGAUAUUACACAGCAUGAUAAUAAAAAUUGAGAGUUUUCGGAAAAAUUAAGUUUUUUUUGUAGCCUGGUGAUACGCCAAGUGCUCAACCAAUUGUUGGUGGUGGUUUAUCGGUGGUUUGCAAUGGCGAGAUUUAUAAUCACAAAAGUCUUAAGGUAUGGAUUUUCAGAGAAUUUGAGCAGUUGGGAAACAUUUUUUUGUAGAUCGACUGUCCUUAUACUUUGAAGAACGGCGGUAGUGAUUGUGCUGCUAUCAUUACAUCAUUCAUCAAGCAUGGUAAGAUCAGAACUCUGAAAAAACAAUUAAACUGAUUUAAAAUAAGAUCCAGACGCAUUUUUUGUUAAAAUAAAGUUUGAAAAUUUGGAAUCACUUCACUUUUUUUCAUGAAAUUUCCGAGAAUUGUUUUUUUAUUCCUUCAAUUUUAAACUUUUCCAGAUCAAGAUCUUAAAGAGACUUGCGCUUCUCUUGAUGGAGUUUUUGCAUUUAUUAUGGCUGACUCAAAAAAUGUUUACAUUGGAAGAGAUCCAAUUGGAGUUCGCCCACUUUUCUAUGGCUACAAUUCAAGAAAUUCGCUAAUUAUCGGAUCUGAAGUCAAAUGUGUUGAAGAACUUUGUGAACGUGUUGAAUAUUUUCCACCAGGAUGUUGUGCAACAAUCAAUCUUCAAAAUUGGUCCAAACCAAUUCAACCUCAACAAUAUUAUUCGGUUCCGAGCACUGCUGAUAGAUUUUUAUCAAUGGAAAGCACUCAAACUUUGGUUCGAGAUAUUUUGGUGAAAUCGGUUGAGAAAAGACUCAUGGGAAAUCGUAAUUUUGGAUUUAUGUUAUCUGGUGGAUUGGAUUCAUCAUUAAUUGCUUCGAUUGCAACAAAGUUUUUGAAACAGAAACCAAUUGCAUUUUCUGUUGGAUUUGAAGAUUCACCUGAUUUGGAAAACGCGAGAAAAGUUGCUGAUUAUUUAAAAAUUCCACAUGAAGUUUUGGUUAUCACACCAAAACAAUGUAUUGAUAUUAUCCCAGGUAAAAAAUGUUUUGAGAGACACUUUCACUAAUAAUUUAUUUUUUCAGAAGUUGUAUAUGCUCUCGAAACUUUUGAUCCUCUGAUUAUUCGAUGUGGAAUUGCUCAUUAUCUUCUUUGUCAACAUAUCUCAAAAAGUUCUGAUGUCAAAGUUUUAUUAUCUGGAGAAGGAGCUGAUGAAUUAUUUGGAAGUUAUGCUUAUAUGCAAAAAGCUCCAAAUGCUCUUCAUCUUCACAAAGAAAUUCUUCGACGAAUGCAUUAUUUACAUCAAUACGAUGUUUUGAGAUGUGAUAGAUCAACUUCUUGUCAUGGAUUAGAAAUUCGAGUUCCAUUUUUGGAUAAGAGGUUGGCUCAGAAACCCUGACUCUCAAGACAUUUAUUGAUUUUUUUCAGAUUUAUCGAUCUCGUUUCUCGACUUCCACCAACCUAUAAAUUAAUUCCAAUGAAACUUGAAAAACAUAUUUUAAGAUCAGCUUUCGAAGGUUGGCUUCCAGAAGAAGUUUUAUGGAGAAGUAAAGAAGGAUUCGCUGAAGCAUUAGGAAAAACAGAUCUUGGAGAUAUUCUUAUUGAUUACUGUAAUAAUAUGAUUGACAAAGAUUUAUAUGCAAAACGAGCUGAAAGAUUCCCUGACAGAACACCAGAAACAACAGAAGAAUAUUGGUAUAGACAGAUUUUUGAGGAUACUUUUUCAUUCGAUAAAAUGGGUCACUUGGUACACACAAAAGUUUACAGGUUGGUAGAGUUAUUAGAAGCUGAAUUAAAAUUUUUUUUUUCAGAACUGCUGCCUGGCAUUUGCCAACAACUGAAGAGAAAGAAAAUGAAGAAGAAACUCAAGAAUAUCUCAAUCUUCCAAGAACUUCGAGUAUUUCAACUGGUGUUGCCUAA